AUGGAUCACCGUCUGGGCAUCUCCAAGUUGAGACUCCGUCUGCAACCCCGCAGGAGGCCACCGGGUAAGUGACUUUCCAAGUGAACUGAAUAUUGCUCUGUUGUCUUUGUCUUUUGUUUGUUCUUGCUUGUUUGCCUUCAUCUGUUUGUGUCUGUCCUUGUUGUAAGCUAAAUACCGUUCUGUUGAACCCCGCUUUGUUGGACGCGUCCGCUCAUCGUUCAUAUCUCGGCAACCAGUUCGACUAGAGAGGUACAGGAAACUGCUUCCCGUCCCCCAUCCCCCUCCCUCACUCAAAAGUUCUACGGCGAGAGCGAGAGCGAUCACGUAGGCGGCCAAGGCUAACUCAGGUCUUUCUCCUAGUAAUCAAAGUCGUGGCCCAUAAUGGAGUUCGACAGCCGUCUGGGACGUCUGAGCAGCCCGCGAGGGGGACGGGGCUAGAAACGGUGCCCUAAACAAAUACGGGGAUCACGUCCUCUGCACGCUGACCGUGGUGCGCAGGCGCUAAAUAUACGGUUGUAACAGUCAGACAAGAAAAGCCACACUCUCUCUUCCCUCUCCGUCUGCCCAUCGCCUCACCCCACGGACUGGCAGAGUGAGUCCGCUCACUCUGACAGCCUGAAAUGUCCGUUCUUUGCUAGACAAUUCGACGAGCAACCGACCGGAACGGAGGACGGCGCUAGUGGCUCGGGAACUGGCGCAUUACAAGGUGAACAUCACUGCACUCAGCGAGACUUGGUUCUUCGAACAAGGCCAACUGGCGGGAGAAGGUGCCGGCUGCACCUUCUUCAGUAGCGGUCGCCCCAAGGCAGGGCGACGGGACGAGGGCGUCUCCUAUGCCAUUCGGAAUGACAUCGGGAGACGACUAUCCUAUCUGCCGCAGAGCAUCAAUGAUCGCCUGAUGAGCCUUCGUCUGCCUUUUAUAGGAGGGAAUGUUGCCACCAUCGUCAACGUCUACGCUGCCCCGAUUACCAGCCCUGAUGCUGCCAAAAACAAAUUCUACGUGGAUCUGCACGCCCUGCUGGCGACUGUGCCGAAGGCGGAUAAGUUGAUUGCGCUUAGUAAAUUCAACGCCGGCGUCGGCACAAAUCAAUGUUGACUGAAGAGGAGUACUGGGUCUCGUGGUCUCGACGGCUCCAACGACAAUGACCUGGUUCUCCUACGAACCUGCGCAGAACACCGGCUCAUCCUGAUCAACACAUACUUCUGCCUCCCGAUGCGAGAGAAUACUACCUGGAUGCACCCUCGGUCGCGACGCUGGCACCUGCUGGACUACGUCCUCGUCGGAAGGCGAGAUUAGCGGGAGGUGCUGGUGAGAAAGGCGAUUCAUCUCCAAGAUGAGGAUUCGCCUACAGCCUCGCAGUAGACCUCAAGGUAAGCGCCCUACAUUUAAGUUGAAUAUUACUUUGUUGUCUUUGCCUGCUCACCAUCACCACUUCAGCAGUGAACUAGUUCGACGGCCAACCAAUCUUCCAGUCGCCGUCGCCGACGAGAACGCCUCCGUGGAGAACCGAUGGAGCGAACUAAGGAAAACAGUCCAGUCGAUCGCCCUGACUGUCCUCGGUCGCGCACGUCGCCAACAUCAGAACUGGUUCCAUGAUAAUGACGCCGCCAUCAGCCACUUACUCGCCAAGAAGAAGCGUUCGCACAAAGCCUACGUCACCCGCCCCACCAAGGACAACAGAGCAGCCUUCUGCUGUAGUCGCCGCUCUGUGUAACAGCGGCUGCGAGAGAUGCAGGAGGCCUGGACGGCUCGCAAAGCCGAGAAGAUUCAAGGAUACGCGGACCGCAACGAAUGGAAGAACUUCUUCGCCGCGAUCAAGGCUGUCUACAGUCACACAGCCAAAGGAGCUGCUCCUCUUCUCAACACUGACGGAACCACCCUAGUAACUGAGAAGACUAAAAUUAUUCAGCGAUGAGCCGAGCACUUCAGAGGCGUCCUCAACCAUCCCUCCACCAUCUCCGACGUUACGAUCGCCCGUCUGUCUCAAGUGGAGACCAACGCCGACCUCGACCUCUCGCCCUCUCUCCACGGAACCAUCAGGGCCAUGCAACAGCUCUCCAGUUGGAAAGUGCUCAGAUCGGACGCAAUCCCUGCUGAGAUCUACAAGCACGGUGGCCCCCAUCUCAUGGAUCGUCUGACGGCGCUCUUCCAGGAGAUGUGGCGUCAAGGAAAAAUCCCCUAAGAUUUAAAGGACGCCACUAUCGUCCACCUCUAAAAGCGGGAAGGGAACCGCCAAAUCUGUGUCAACCACCGAAGCAUCUCCCUGAUGAACAUCCUUGGAAGGAUCUUCUCUUGCAUCCUUCUCAAUCGUCUGGAACGGAGUCUCCUGCCGGAAAGCCAGUGCGGCUCCCACCGGCAUCGCGGAACCACCGACCUGAUCUUCGCCACCCGCUAACUUGAGGAGAAAUGUCCGGAGAUGUGGAUCCACCUCUACUCUAUCUUCGGGGGUCUGACGAAAGCCUUAGACACGGUGAAUCGCGAAGGACUGUGGAAAAGCAUGCAGAAAUUCGGCUGUCCCGAAUGAUUCACUCAGCUAGUGCGUCAGCUCCACUAUGGCAUGACGGCGCGCGCCCCGGGUAGUCGAGUCGUCCCAGAAGCAUUCGCGCCUACCCCCUUCAGUCUAAUGUUCUCUGCCAUGCUAUUGGACGCCUAACGUGACGAACGCCUCGGGAUCCGCGUCGCCUACAGGACAGACGGCGAACUCUUCAAUCAGCGGCGAAUGAAUUUCCAGUCGCGUAUAUUCGCAACUUCCAUGUAUUAACUUCUCUUCGUCGACGACUGCGCUCUCAACGCCAUCUCCGUAGGGGACAUGCAAAAGAGCAUGGAUCUCUUCGUCGUCGCCUGCGAUAACCUCGGCCUGGUCAUUACCACGGAGAAGACGGUGGUUAUGCAUCAACCGCCACCCGACGCUGCCUACGUCGCGCCCCAAAUCAACGUGAAGGGCGCCCAACUGCAAGUAGUGGACAACUUCACCUACCUGGCGGCACCCUCUCUCGCAACACCAAGAUCGACGAUGAAGUGGCCCGCCGGGUUUCCAAAGGCAGCCAAGCCUUCUGCCGUUUGCAAAACACAGUUUGGUAUCGACACGGCCUAA